AUGGAUCCCGCCGUCUAUUAUGGCCAGUUCGUGUAUGGGAUUGACGACCCGGACAUUCUCGACGACACCUUCUACCACAACCUCUUCUCCGUAAAAUAUGACCACACUGCUCUCUCCACAAUCCUCCGCCGAGAUAUCGGACGUAUUGAGCACAUAACACAAUCCAUCUUCACCAAUGCCGUCCACACCGUCUCCUCCCCAACCUCUUCGACCGAACAAUGUAGCAACGCAAUCGAUACACUACGAACACUCAUCCAAUCCACCAUAUCGGGAAAACGCUCGUAUGACUCCUCUGCGAUCAUUACGACACUAACCUCCCUCUCGGACGUCGACACCGUUCUCCCGACUUUCGUCACAUCUUUACAACACCUCAUCUCACAACACUCCCACGAUGAGGAAUUAGCGACAAAAGCAGUCGCCCUAGCACUCUGUUUCGUCGCCCGUGCGUACCACUCCUCCCUCAUCUCAUACUUCACACAUCGCAACUUCCUCCCACCACUACUCUCCUACAUCACAUCUCGCCCGUCGUCUUCCCCAGCAGCUGGGACACGAGACGCGGUCUUAUUAGUCGGGUUAUUGGCCGCAUACCAGAAGUUCGAGUCACACAACCCAUACCAGACAUACCUCUCACAACUCUCGGAUCAGGAACAGAUGAUGGCGGUUAUUGAGACGUUUGGGGAGGUGUGUAGGGAGGUGCGGGAUGAUUAUAUUGAGGUACAGGAUGAUGGGGAGGGGGUGGGAUUUGUGGGGUGGAUGGGGUCGUGGUGGGGGGGAGCGAAAUUGGUUGAACGGAGACAGAGUAAGGCGAAGGGGAUUGUGGAUGUGGAGGAGGCUUGGGGGGUAUUACCGGGUCCGGAAGUUGCGGUGUUGUUGGCGGUGUACGAGUUUGUGCAGAACUCGAAAGUGUUUUGUAUGAAUUUCAUUCGUGCACCACCUACCGCCCCAAACACAGAAUCACCAUUCUCCCUAUUCCUCUCCCUCACGAGUUACCUCCUCUCCCACCAACGCCGCUCCCCCCAUGCCGCAACCUCCUCCCGCCUAACAACCCUCAUCCUCCGCAUCCUCCUCGACGACCCCGGUACCGCAUCCCUCCUCGCUCUCCAAUCCUCAAGUGUCCGACUCUGCCGACAACGCACCCCUCUCCCCAAACUGGGAGGAAUGGGAGAGGAAAGGGUUGUGAUGGGUGUUGUGUUUGAUUUGUGUGUUCAAGGCUUGGAGUGGAAUUUGAAGAAGAGGUUGGAUGUUGAGGGGUAUGUUAAUGUUGUUGGGUUGGUGGGGAGGGGGAUUAGUGUGCUGAAGAGGGGGAGGACGAGGAUUGCGUAUCAUUGGCAUCACCUGUGGAAGUCGUUGUUUGGACUCGUCAAAUUCAUGACGGCAAGAGCGGACGACCUAAAAGACCUCACGCGGGUCAAAACCUUGACAGAGUCUCUAUCGAAGGUCCUCGCACUCGCACUAAGCUCCGGCGAAUCCUUCCUCCCCUCCGCAAAAGAAUACGACGACCUCUUCUACCAAGUCAUCCAAUCCGGCCACCUCCUCACCCAAUUCUCCCAAACCUAUAACCUGACAACAUACCCACCAACGACCCUCCUCCUCGCCGUCCACGCACACUAUUUGUCGUUAAUCGAGUCACAUCAGUUGAGGACUGGAGAACAUCUGGAUGCGGAGGAGGUGCAUAGGGUUAUUCGGGAUGGGUAUGGGGGGUUGGAGGUUAAGGGUGGAGGGGAGGGGUUGGAAGUUUGGGAGAGGUGGAGGGAGGGGGAGGAGAGGGUUUUUUUGAAGGGGGUUGGAAGGGGGGUUGUUGGGGAUGUUAUUGAGAUUGAUGAGCGGGCUCAUUAA